CCCAAAUCCUGAUUUCGCCGCAUUCCAAUCCACAUACAUGGAUACUAAACGUGGGAUCCGGGGUGACGUUGAGCAAAAUGGGAAAGAACAACAACAUCAAGUACUACUACAACAACAACAACAACAACAACAACAACAACUCUUCAGCCUUCCAAAAGACCCCAUAGCGAUCGACGACAGCGACGACAGCGACGACGACGGCGCGGGCAGAAUCGAUGGAGGCUUUGAUGCCUGGCUAGUUUGAGCGGGAGGAUGGUGUUGCUCACUCGUCAGCCCGGGCUGGGCCAACUCCGUGGGUAUCUUCCAGCAAUACUACCAGGCGGGUCCCCUGAAAACCUACUCUGCUAGUACAAUCGCGUGGAUCCCGUCACUUCAGAUCUUCUUCCUGUUCGCCAUGGGGCCACUCGUCGGUAUUCUGUAUGAUAAAUAUGGAGCGCGAACUCUCAUCCUCGCGGGCACACUGCUUCACGUUUUCGGGCUCAUGAUGGCGUCUCUGGCAACGAAAUACUAUCAAUUUCUCCUGUCCCAAGGAGUGUGCAGUGCUAUCGGA